UAAUCUCGGCGUCCUGGUUUUGUCAUCCUGGUUUUGGCCAUCAUUUGCAGACCCAAAUCAUGUCCAAGAAGUUGAACACCAGCGUGGGCGGCACGCCCACAAACACAUUGUUCAAUUACUUCACCAAAUCGCCGGCUGUCGACAAGAAGAAACUGACACCGAGCGGGAAAACAGAAAAGGAGAAUCUCCACAACCAGCAGGCAAAAGUUGAGGAUUCCAAAGCAAAGGAUUCCAAGCCAGCGGCCAAGAGGAAGCUGCCCAUUGCCGGGGACUCCGACGACGAGGCGGUCAGUGGGCAGCGCAAGCGAAAGCGCAUCCUGCAGCCGGAAACGGAAAGCGAACCGGAAAUGGAUGAGACCAAGUCGGAGGAGGACUUCUCCGACUGCGCCUCCGACUACGAGCCGGAUGCCAAUGAAGCCAGUGACGAUAGCGUCAGCAGCGGCGAGGAGGAGGUGGCUUCGCCCAGCGAGAACGACAUGUCCGUGGACAGUCCCACGCCGAAAAAGUCCCGCAAAAAGUCCAAGAUCCUUUAUAACAACAACAACAACGAGCCCUCGAGCAAAAAGGUCAAGCUGGAGACAACUGUCCAGCUGGCCGAGGGCUCCACCUUCCAGGAGAAGCUCAAGCAUCUGCAGAGCAAUGCCAAGAAGGAUGCAUCCUACGAUGACAUCGUGACCACCACCUCCACGCUGGAUGAGCCCGUCGUUUGGCCGCACCAGAAACUGGAGUUUCUGCAGCCGGACAAGAUCAAGGACAAGGCGGGCAGGCGACCCGAGCACGAGGACUACGACAAGAGCACCCUGCAUGUGCCGGAGAAGUUCCUCAACGGCCUGUCGCCGGGAGUUCGCCAGUGGUGGGUGCUCAAAUCGGACAACUACGAUUGCGUGCUGUUCUUCAAGGUGGGCAAGUUCUAUGAACUCUAUCACAUGGAUGCGGAUGUGGGGGUCAAGGAGCUGGGCUUCACCUACAUGCGCGGCGAGUUCGCGCACUCGGGCUUCCCGGAGAUAUCCUUCGAUAAGAUGUCCACCAUCCUCAUCGACAGGGGAUUCAAGGUGGCCCGCGUGGAGCAGACAGAAACCCCGGACAUGAUGACCGAGCGUUGCAAGCGCAUCAAGGCCACCAAGUUCGACAAAGUGGUGGCCCGUGAGAUCUGCCAGAUCACCAAUCGCGGCACCCAGGUCUUUGGAUCGCAGUGCAAGAUCGGACCGAACCACCAGCCAAACUAUAUGUUGGCCUUGGUUGAGCAGGACGAGGGCACUUGGAGCCGGUUUGGCGUGUGCUUCAUUGACACCUCCAUAGGGGAUUUUCACUUGGGCGAGUUCGAGGACGAUAAGAACUGUUCUCGCCUGCUCACCCUGCUUUCCCAUCAUAUGCCCGUCUUGCUUCUCAAUGAGAAAUCCGCUUUGAGCCAGCGAUCCCAGCAAAUAGUGCGCACUGUGCUGGGUGGAAUCCUCAAGGAGCAGGUUCCCAGUAAUGGAACGCAGGCGUGUAGUGCUGAGAAAACCCUAAAACUCCUAGCGGAGCGCUAUUAUGCCGGGAACGGCGGUGAUGACAACUGGCCCUUGGUCUUGCGCACCAUGCAGUCGGAUGUGGAUCAUUUGGGCCUCACGCCAAGCGACGAUUACAAGCUGGCCCUUAAAGCCCUCGGCGAGUGCAUCUUCUUCAUCCACAAGUGCAAACUGGAGCCGAAAGUAUUGCCCAUGGCUAGGUAUCAGCUUUAUGUGCCACCCGAUCAACUGGCGGAUGCCAAACCCACUGCAACCUCCACCUUGAGGCGUUCCCACAUGGUCCUGGAUGCCACUACCUUGUCGAAUCUGCGGAUUAUUGGCGAGGAUCACACCUUGCUAUCCUCUUUAGAUCACUGCUGCACAAAGUUUGGCAAGCGACUGCUGCACCACUGGCUUUGUGCUCCCAGCUGCGAUGUGGCGGUCAUUCAAGAGCGACAAGAUGCCAUUGGGGAGCUGAUCAGGAUGUCGGCCGAACUGCAGGAGGUUCGUGCCUUGCUGGCACCGCUGCCGGAUUUCGAGCGGAAUCUGGCGCAGAUUCAUUUGUUUGGAAACAAGCAAAUAAAGCAGAUGGAUCAUCCGGACUCGCGGGCCAUUCUCUUCGAGGAGAAGAUAUACAACAAGCAGAAGCUACUGGGAUUCAUGGCCGUUCUCAAGGGAUUCAACUCGCUUACCAAGCUGCCCAUGAUGUUCCAUCAGUGUGAGACAGCUUUGCUGAAGAGGAUUACGCAACUGCCCGAGUCUGGAGGUUCAUUCCCCGACCUGAGCAAGGAACUUAAAUACUUUGCCACCGCAUUUGAUCACGAUGCAGCGGCCAAAACGGGAGUGAUUGCUCCUCAAGCUGGCAUGGAUGCAGAGUACGAUGCGGCAAUGGAAUCGAUAGAUGAGAUCGAAGGGCGUUUGAAGAAAUAUCUCGUGGAGCAGGAGCGCCAUUUCGGUUGUCGCAUUACCUAUUUUGGCAGCGACAAGAAGCGUUACCAGUUGGAUGUGCCCGAAAGCCAUGCCGGCAAGGCAAAUAAGUCGUAUUCCCUGGAGGGACAAACCAAAGGCAAGAAGCCCUCGCGUCGCUACACCACCGCUGAAACUCGCGCCUUGCUCAAGGAUAUGCAGCAGGCUGAGGAUACAAGGAACAUGGUGCUCAAGGACUUGGCGCGCCGCCUUUUCGAGAAGUUCUCCAGUCACUACGAUCAGUGGAAGCAGUGCAUCGAUUGUGUGGCCAACCUGGAUGUCCUGGGCUCCCUGGCGGAGUACGCUGGCCACCAGAUGGUCAUCUGUGUGCCGGAGCUGGUCUCUGGCGUGGAUCAGCCGUUUAUCCAACUGGAAGAGGGCUACCAUCCUUGUGUAAACGCCUCCACUUACAUUCCUAAUGGUUUGGAACUGGGCACAGCCUCGGAGGCGCCGCUGUCCCUUCUCACCGGUCCCAAUAUGGGCGGCAAGAGCACGCUGAUGAGGGAACUGGGGCUGCUGGUGAUUAUGGCACAAAUUGGUGCUCACAUUCCCGCCGCAAGCUGUCGCCUCUCCUUGGUGGACAGAAUCUUCACGCGACUGGGGGCUCAAGAUGAUAUUCUGGCCGGGCACAGUACCUUCCUCGUGGAGCUCAACGAAACCUCACUCAUUCUCAAGCACGCCACAUGCCACUCGCUUGUGCUGCUCGACGAAUUGGGCAGGGGCACCGCCACCUAUGAUGGCACCGCCAUUGCGGCCUCUGUGGUCAACUUCCUGGCCAAUCUGAAGUGUCGCACUCUGUUCUCCACCCACUACCACAAUCUGAUUGACUUCUUCCACAACGACAAGCGGAUAACUUUGGGUCACAUGGCUUGCAUGGUGGAGAACGAGGACACAGCGGAUCCCACCCAAGAAACGGUUACGUUCCUAUACAAAUACUCAGCCGGUGCGUGUCCGAAAUCGUAUGGAUUUAAUGCUGCAAAAUUAGCUGGAAUGCCUCAAGGAAUUAUCAAGCGUGCCUAUGAGCUUUCCAAGAAAGUCGAAGCCAUUGCUCUGCAGCGCAAGAUUACAGCAAAGAUUGUAGCUGCCACCGCAGUAAAGGAAGAUUCCAAGAAGGAGAAAUUACAUAAUCUUAAAGAAUUACUAAAGCAGCUAAAAAUGUGUCAUGUUUAAGAUUCAGUUCAGAUUCUUCAUAAUUGAGGCUAUCAGAUAUUUAUGGAGUUUUUGUGAAAUUUUUUGA